AUGCCACGUAAGCUACGUAAGAAUAUACGUAAGAGGAAGAGAGCAUUGAAACAUCCAAUAGUAAAACUGACACCACAACAACAGUUGCAACAACAAAUUAUGAAUGACCCCACUAUGCUGCAACAAAUGUCAAGCAACCCUAUGCUUUUAAACCGAGUUAUUGGUGCACAGAGUGGAGGUUUAAGAGCGGCACUUUUAGCGAAAAUGGCAGGCUAUGGUGGAGCUGCAGACGGAACAGCUUAUAACCCUCAAAGUCAAAUGAAUUUGAGUUCACUCAAAAAUCAAAUAACAGAUGUCAAAAAGUCAAACAUAGACAUACAGAAACAAAUAAGUGAAAACGAAAAGAAACUAGAAUAUGACAGACACACAAAGAAACUCAAUGAGUUAAACGUAGAGAAAAAGAAGAAAGAAGAACAACUGAAAGAACUAAGUACAGAGGAAUAUGCGAAAAAAGUGUCAGAAAAAGCAGCAGAAGUAGCAAAAAUGGAACAAGAUGUUAUAAAUUUGAAAAACCAUACUACUCAAUAUAAA